UUUCCGAUAACAAGCUACCAUAACUAAGCUAUCGAAUCUGAAUUUCCCUCUUUGAGUCCCAUUUUAAAAAUUUGUUAUUAACUUCCAAAAUGGAGACUCCACCGACUCCCAGUUCAUCCACUCCGCCCAAUUUCGAGGCCGGAGACGACAUGGACGACAUCCAGCGCCUGCUGCAGCUGGAGGCGAUGCAUCGCUUCCAGGAGGACAGCCGCAAUGUGAAGCGCCAGGUGGAGGAGCAGGUGCGUCUCUGGCUGGACGCCAAGUGCGAUUAUCAGCGGGAAUUUGGGCGCCUGGCAAGGCUUCUAAAGUGCGCCGCCUUGCAGACUGCAGUGGACGCCCAGCGCCCACCCGAUGUGGAAUCAAUCGCCCAGGCGGCCAAGGAUAUCGCCAGUUUGCGUUCCAAACUCAACAGCGAUCUACGUCCCACCUGUCUGGACAGCAAGGAGCUAGAGCAGUGCCAGGAGCAGCUCAACACCGCUCACAAACCGCGCUCGAAUCUCUGCCGCCAGCAGCGAGUGUUCGCCCAGAAUCAAGAGGCUCUCAAGGAUCUGAGCACUGCCGUCGAUGGUUUGGAAAACGGUCUGGAGGUUGGCAUUAUGCAGGGCAUGGAUCGCCUUGUGGACGACCUCCUCUCUACAAGAAAGACAAACAUCUAGCCGUUUGUUUUAAAAGUAUAUUUAUAAUUGUGAAAUAAACUAUUUUAUAACAUUAAAAUCGGAGAAUUGCGAUUGAAAACUAUGAGCUUCAAUAAAUACACAUCCAUCCGGUAAAAUGGAAUUCUGAAACAGA